UUCUUGCAGAUUCAAGUUUAAAAUGUUUGCCUUAAUACCUACAAUAUUUUACUUUUAAUAAUAACCAAACGAUGAAAUAGGUAUGUGGAUAGGUUCAUAUUAGAAGGUCAGUCUACAAUGCAAAAGUGUGGAAAGAGUUAUCAAAAUCAGUUAUCAAGACAUGCAAGAUGAAAUUGGAGUUGGAAGUUCUCGCGUCAACAUCAAUCAAAAGGAAAAAGCCAUGGCCGAGUUUUGCCUGGCUUGGCGAGGAAAAUGAGAGUCUUUUCAUGAUGGACACACAUCGUCUGAGUGUGCUAUAUCUGCCAUCAGGAAAGACGAAAAAGAAGAUACCUAAGCUUCGAAAUGUCCUACAGGAGGCUGUCUCUCUGACACAUACCAAAAAUGGCCACUACCUAGUUGGCCUAUUACAAUGUGGAGAUCUUUUCCUGUGGUAUAAGGACAAAGACAUGCUGAAGAUGAUCCAUGGCAUGGCUAAUCUCAUGAUGACGGCAAAGCCAAGCGGAGGUGCUCGAGGACAAGGAACUAGAGGGACACAUAAACCAAAAGUGUUAAUGUCCGAAGAUGGGGCCAAUAUUUUGGUUGUGAUGGGCUUAUCUCGGGUAUUUCUCUGGCAAAUUGACCCUGGACAGAACAUGUUCGCGUCCAAAAAGGGGGAUGUCAAAGGAAGAUGGAGUCUUGUAGCAAUGCCGGAUGAUGUCCAAAUGCCUAUCCCUGAAUACAAGGAAGCCAGUGUUUCUGGUUCAUUCAUGGAGAAUAAGGUGCUUGGUCAGCUGUGCAUGGUGUCUUUUGUAUUCAAUGUGGAGCAGUCUUUGGUUGUUACCACUCUCACUGUGAUGAAGACGGAUGGACAGUGUGCACUCGUUCAAAGUGGCCCUGGGUAUGCUGCUACAUGGACAUCCAUCCAGUACCCACUUGCUUCCAUCACCCCCAACUGUCAAUCCGUCCGCUCAAGGGGUAGCUACCUGUGCUGCUAUGCUAAUCAGAAUCCAAUAUUAGCCGUAGCUGUCAAUCAAAAACGUCCGUCCGACACUAGAAUGCUGUUUGUCUCCCCAUUGAAUGAUACCAUUGUUGUUAGUGAUCUCAAGGGCUGCGGUCAGAAAGACGUGAAGAAAUAUGGAAGGUCAUAUUGGCUAGCAGACCUGAAAUGGACCUCAGACGAUCUGUUUGUGGCUUGCAUCUCCAAAAAUGGCUCCCUCUGCAUCCUGACGAGACUGGGAGAACCUGUCCACAUUCAGACACAUGGCUGUUCUGUUGAACUUGGCCCAGCCCCCUAUCUGCCUCUUCAUCCUCUCAUAACUGUCAGAUCUCAAGAAAAUGUCCAUCCAGAUGAUCCCAACUCACCUCAUCUCAGCUCAAUGGUGUCAGAACUCGACCUCAUGAAACAGCGCUACUCGUUGGCCGUCCAUCCACGCUUUCCCAUCAUCCUUUGCUCAGAUGGCUACCUUGUCUCCGUCAUCUCUUUCCCCGAUCACAUACACAGCCUGCGCGUAAUAAAAGAGUUGGUCGUCGAUGCGAAUAAUUUUCUCGGGAAGAUAAGACAACGCAAGAACAUCGAUAUUUCCCUGAUUGAUACGUUGAAGUUCAGCGACAUACCCGGCGAAGACGGCCCAAACACACCACAACAAGAAGCUGUAGCCAAACAUUUACCGUUCUUCGGCAGCACAUUAUCAUUGCAACAGAGCACAAAGUCUUUCAGAUUCGAGGAUUACGAAGAUCGAUUGAAUGACACCGUCGAUAGCGAUGGUGGAGAAACAUCCGGUUUCGGACACGCUGGGCAGUUUGGCGUGAUGGAUGCAAACGCUGGGAAGAUUGUCUUCGGUGAUAGUGAUCUGUCGAUGUCCAAGUGCAUGAUGCCACGGGAUGAUGAGGAGACUGAUGAAAACCUGAUGAUCUGGACCUACAACUCCCUCUGUGCGGCUUGGGGAAUAAGCGUCUCGAGCACAGAGAUCUGGACCGUCGAGAUGGAGAUUUUGACAUCCUAUGUCGUACACCUCAUGGUCAAGAUGUUCAAGAUCAUCCUGCAUCAGACCACGUACGGGAUAUCCGCUGAUUCUCUCCGUGGGGAGCGCCAGGCUCUCUUCCCCCAAGGUGUCAACACCGUCCUCAAUAUCUACCGGACUCUUCUCUCCAUGUGCCAUUUCGAUGCCGUCCAGCAGAACGUCCUGCCAAUGAUGAUGCGUUUUCUGUACGGAACAAUGGACGUCCUGUUGAAAACGCGCGAUCCAAAUAAUGAAACGGUUCGCACUGACGUUCUCAAUGCCUGUGCUGCCUUGUUGACUUACAUGGAGAAGGAUUACAAUCAAAUCUAUGCCCUCUCUCCCAGAGGAAAGGACAGCGGGCUCACUGCUAGACGGUUCCCUGUCCCCAGGCAGGAUCAAUAUGAGCCUCAGGUACUGAGCCAUGACGACUGCAAUAUGACACUGAAGAGGAUUGUUGGCAAGGCUGGGAUGAGGAUAUUAUCCAAAAGAUUUGGCAAGCCUUGGUAUCGUCUGUAUCGCCACGUCACCAAAUACUACCGGACUCUGCAGAUGAUUGACGCAGCAGACGACGUGAUGAUGUCUGCCAGGCGUCUGCUCUGUCGCACUGAGAGGAAACUUCACCAGUUGAAGUACAACAUUCCCACUCCUGUCUCUUGGAAACCGAAUCGAGGAGAUGACCUGUACCUAGAUGGAUACUGGAAUUUGGCAGUGCAGAUGUGGAAAGAAAAAAUCACAGAAUACCCAGUGUCCAAGCUGCAGAGUAAGAAAGCUAGUCGACUCCUCCACGCCAUCUUGUACACCUCCAUCCAAUCGGGAGACCUCCAGUUUGCCCUCGAUAUGGCGGAUACCCUUCUCCACAGCAUACCCGACAAUCAAGACCCCAAGCUGUGGGAUGACAGUGAACGGGCAUUCCUGUCCAUGUUCUUUGAGGUGCCCGGGGAACAGGAGGGUUCCUUAUUCCUACCCAGCACGGAAUAUGGCGGUGCGAGAGAACUCGUUCAAACGAUGGGCAGAUUCAUGGCUGCUUACUUCAGUAACCACAGCCUAUACGUCCAUCCACCGCAUGCACCCAAAAAGCUGCCCCCACUCUAUUCAGACAUUCCUAUCACUGAUCGUAUCAUUCCCGUGUACCAUGAAUCCAUUGCUGCCGUGGUUCGUCAGGAUGGAUUGGGCAACGCGUGGAGUAUGGAUCGCACAAUGGAGUACCUGCUCAUGUCGGGCCUCCUCCCUGAAGCGGUGUGGUUUGCAAACAAGAUGGGAGACUGGAAGUCGGCAUUCCUGUUGGCUGUGGCGUGCGUGGAUCAUCAGAGGAUUGCUGAGGAGAAGAAUCUCAAGCCCAAGAAAAGUCUCAACCUCCCGAGUAACCUGACACCACAGGCGAUACUUCAGUCGAAACUGGAAGCGCUUCUUCAAGUGGAGAAACCCGAGGUGUCUAGAAAUGGAACCAACAAUAUUGGUGCAAGACUCCUGAAGAGGAGAGCUUCCGUCGGAUCCCUUCCCGAUGAAGAUCACACCAAUAUAGAGCAGAUGACCAAGUCCAUUCGUGAGAUUCUGACUGCCGCCACCAUCAGUCAGGCUGACACCACCUCCUGGCUGCUCCAGGGCCUCGUGGGCAAGCUCAAAGAAUUGGUCAAGACUUUCCCAGCCCUUGUACCACAAGGCUUCUACCUCCCGGCUCCACCGUUGUACUGCCCACAACCGACAACUACAUUUCAGGAACACUCAACCAGUGAUGUCGAGAAUGAACAGGGCUUGAGGAUGCAAGUGGCAUCGGUGGUGCAGCUCAUCCUGUUGGUGUUGAACGCUUCGGAUACGACUUUGCCUGCUGUCAGAUGGUAUAUCCACCAACUUGACAAGAUACAGUCGAAAGGAGAGCCUUUCAGGAACCUUGCGACGAGUUCAGUCAAAGAUCUUGAUGAACUUCUGGGGACGUUUGGUGACAACUCCAUCCUCGAGCCCCACCUGACCAACCCAGCCAUCCAGAAUGUUCUCUCCGCAUUCCGUGACUUGUGUACGGUUCUGUGGUUCGUCCACUCGCGUGACAAGAUGUCCACAUCUCUGAGGAAGAAGGCAGCAGUUCUCAAGAGUACCGAUUAUCUCGAGGGUUCUGAGCAGGGUCUAGAGGAGGACCAGUGGCUGCGUAACUGCUACAGCACCCUCCAGUGGUCCAUUCAGAUGAUACCAUUCACCCGCUUCAUCAAUAGCGAAGCGGAGGUGUACGAAACCGUCCUCUCGCAGCUGAUCGAGUUUCCGGCCAAUCAAGAAAGUGCCGACAUCAUGGUGGAGUACUUUCAUGAUGAGGAUAGUCUAGAUGGCGUCGUCCAGGAGAAAUUUGUUAGGAUUCGGAAGGAGUGGCAACGUAUCUUCUUGGGCGAGAAAGAAGAAUCAAGUGAAACGUCGUCAUCCCAAGUCUCCACUGAUGACAAACUGGCCCGCCUCUCCAAACAACCCGUCAAGGCCCGACGCGGCAAAACUCUGUCCUCCUACUUCCACCAGCAAUGCCAGCGAAUCCCAAAACUCUACAAGAGCCGCGCGAAAGCUUUCGGCCACAUCGAACCUUUUGUCUUCGAUCCUAAAAAUCGGCCUCUGAAGGCUGAUAUCCUCCACAUCGGAUCCAGGCCGUUUGAGAUUGAAGGAUUGUAUCUGCAUUUCCUUGACACCAUGUUUACAGUUGCAUUUUCCAAACUUCAAGACGAGGAGCAUCAUCAUCGUGAGAAACCUGCUCAACCUCUACUGCCUCCGUUCUCAGAAGAGAUAUGCAACGCAGAGUUGAGUUCUUUGUCGUAUAGGAUUAUGACUAGUCUGCAACAGAACAAAAAUCUGAGCCUUUACAGCCCGAAGACGUCUCCCCACACUGGGGAGAAGGUGACGGGGACGCCACCCCCUUCACCGAGGAGGUCCCUUUUGAAGGAAUCGCCCAUGUCGACGCCUUCAUCUCCGAGAACACCGAGACCCAGGCUCUUGAUGCGCAGCCACAGCUACUCGGAGUUGAGACCAGCAGGAGAGAAGCCACCGCCAGUCAUGCCGAUCCUGAAAAAGAAGUCAGCCAGUCAAACCAGCUUGGACAAAAUUGGCCAAGAGAAGAAGAUUCAGCGGAGUGUCAGUUUCAGUCAGGAAGACAACACCUACUUUGGUCACUAUCGGUUGCAGAGGAGCAGCAGUGUGGCAAAUGUUAGAGUCUCUCAAGAAGCGGAGGAUACAUCACCAAGAAUCAACUUGAAGACUAAACGCAGCCUUAGUUUGUCCGAUCUCCGUCCAAAGAUCCCGAGUGCCCCCGAGGCCAGCCAAGCAGGAGCUCCAGCACUACCGAUGAGCGAGUUCCUUGGCUUUCAUGAUGAUCUGAGGGAGUUGUAUCCACACUUAGCUCAGCUGUUAGACUGGUUGAUGCGAUGGUCUAGCAAGCACCAUAAUCUCUCUGCUCUUGGUGUGACACUUGAAGGAGGGGUCGCUGUUACUGGCGCACCGCAACCGGCAAUGCGGGUGCGGUUACAGCCAUUUAUGGUGCUGUUAGGCAUCUGGCUCAUAGAUUAUAAAUACGAGGUGAACGGCAAACCGAAGUGGGAGCCACGGGUUGAUAAAGUACAAAGGGAACCAUUCCCACAUGAGUUAGAAUUAGAGUUGGGAAGCUUGGAUGCAGCGGUGGAGAAAAUUCAACAAGCAAGAGUAAUUGACACAAGUCCUGAGAAGAGGGAUAAGGGAUUCCAAAGCAAAGAGAAAAAGAAUUCUCCCGUUGACUACGUGCCAACUGAAGUCGGGGUAGAUGUGGUUGAGAAAGCGGAGAAGGCUGUGGAUGUCGCAGCUACACCACCGAGGCCAAAGCCAAGGUCAACGCAGUUUGUCAAGAAACUUACGUUCUCUGGUGCGGAGCUGCCUCACAAUCGGGUCAGCCAGAUAAGGUCAUCCAACAAGAUGAACGAGCGCCCUCCAAUUGAAAGAGCGAGUAGUGAAGAUCUGUUGAGCAGUACUCUAAACAUCAGUACCUUAACUAUUGACGAUCAACUUACGGGAGUUUCCCGUGAUAACUUCACAGAAAGGAAACCUCAGCCCCACAAAAAUGGGACAGCCAGCUUACUCUCCGAUGAUCUCAAUCCUGAUGCCAUUGAGGAGGAUGAGAUAAAAGCCUCAGAGGCUGUAUCGGCUGAGACUGGUGUCAACCCUGAUCACGUGGACCCCAGUGCAGGCCCAGCACCAACGGCAAACAUGCAGGACCUCGGACAACACUUGUCUGGGGUCAUUAGGUCUGAACUGCGAAGAAUCGUAGAGAUUCAGCAUCGCAGUGUCCUUGCCAUGUUGGGUGCGGUGGAUGGAGAUGGAACCAAUAUGGCCGCACUCCAGCCUGCAGCGUAUGGCAACCCAGAGUAUGGUGCGUCAAACAACAGAUACAACCCCCUGAUUCCUCAGACUGCUGCCACGCAGACUACGCUGACUUUAAAGGAGGCGGGGCAUGCGUCAGCUGGUACUAACACCCCAGUUAAAGAAAAACGGCACUACCAGAAUGAUGCCGAUCUGGUUUAUGACGCAACAGACUUCGAUGUGUCAACUGGGAGUCUCGUUACGGAAACUGCAGAUUCGGAAAAUGCCCAGCAGGAUAAAGCACACAGAAGUAGUAACUCUGCCCAGGGGAAGAAGAAGGUCCGGUCGACAGGAACAAACCCGGAGUCGUCCGGUAGUAGGGAGUCUGAGCGCAGAGUUGCUUUCGAUAUGCCAGAUGAUAAGACUCGGUUGCGGCGUGCAAAAAGGAGACAAAGGCAGGACCCACCAGUGAUACCCUCUGCUUUGCACGAGUUGAACUUUUUGUCAGUGAAUACAUCCCCUAUUCUGAACAACCCUCACCCGAGCCACCAAGGAGCAAAUGGAGGCCCAUUGCAGGACACUGAAUCAAGGAUGCCUUUACUUCAAUUGGAUAACAACCAACAACAUCAUAACCCAUUUAUGAGUAGUGCACAAAGUGCUAGGAAUCCGGAACCUAUAAAACUGCCAAAUAUUCCGUUCCAGUCAAAACAUGCGUGGGGGGAAGAUUCUCAAAUACGGGGAAGUGGUACUUACGAAAAUAUUCCAAACUUUGUGAACCGUUAUAACGUGCCAACUCGUAAUGAAGCGCCAGUCAAAGAUGACUUGAACCCAUUCGGAAUGCCUCUGUUACACAUUGAAUACGACAGAGUGCCGGUGUUAGUGGCGCCACCUUUUGAGCCGAUGAACCAGGUCGCGCACCAAAUGCAGGAUGAUCUGCUGAAGGAGUUCCAAGCUUGGCGAGAAUACGAACGAUUUGGCCACAAUCUCUUGCAUAUUGACUUCAAUCGACUUAGCGAUGAGGAAAAGAGAGCUCAGGCGGAGAAGAACGAAGCCAAAAGGAGAGAAAGGAGAAUCAGGAAGGCCAGCCAGUCAGAUUCUGAAGAGAAUAAUCAGAAGGGAACUCGUCCUAAACAAGUCAAUGCAGCUACAACACCAAGGUCGCCGACAAAGGUGAAACAUCCAGUCUCCACUCAGGUUACCCCGAGAGGAGCCGCAGACCAAGAGGUGCAGUAUAGUGGUAGUACUGGCACUGACGAGGGGGAGCAGAAACUCCAUGAUGGAUAUGCUUUAUCAAAAGGUAUCUUUGAUGAGUAUCUCUACUUGGACAAGUCCGGUGCCGAUGAUGAGGAAACCAGUGCCAAAGUACAGUAUGACGUAUUCGUUAAAGGCAAGGGAAAGCAUGUGGAUUUUGCCACCAACACAACUCCUAGGCCUGGGACCCCUGACCCUGUGAAACAAGCAAUCAUGAGUUACAUCAAGGAGAAGGCAGGAGAGGGAACGAAUAUCCUGGCACCAGAUAUCAUCUUUGGACUCCGUUACGGACAAUCUCAGCCUUCCUCUGGUGCUGCCCCCUCAGUGAAGAGUGGCGACAGUCCAGGGAGAUCCUAUAUCAAUGUCGUAGAGAUCGAUCGAGGGUAUGCCGACGAUAUUGUCUCGUCAAUGCCCGAUAAGAAAGGGGGUAAGACACAGCAGGAACGGAGAUCGUUGUCACCCGUUGUACCGAGGCCACCGUGGGAAACCAAGGCAGAAAGAAGAGGUGUGAGUCCUGACCGACCGAGUGUGGAUGAGUUAUCAUCAAGGAAACUUGGACCUGACCGGACGACGGUAAAGAUGUUUGAGGAAACGCCUGCUGAAGCUGAAGCUAAGAAAUUUGCCAGCAAGAUCCUUUCGGGUCGUGUUGCUCGGAGCAAGUCCAAGCAAGCAGUGAUGAGAAAACUGCAGGAGAUGAACAUACAGCUAAACGCCGUUGACCAGAUCGCUCAGAAUGUUGAUGACGAAUUUAACGAUGCAAAAAUGUUGAUGAAUACGAUCGAGAACCUGGCGGGCAGCAUGCAGCCGCUGUAUCCACAAUCAAAGGCAGCGUACGGAGAUGAAGAGAGUUCGCCCGACAGCAUUAACAAGCCGAUGAGAUCGGAAAGCCCGGACAGAAGAAGUCCUCAGGACCGCCCACUUUCAGAAGCGGACCAACUCCGUAUCUCCGGUCUCAGUGGUGUGAGCGACAUCAUAGGAGAAUACGUGGCCAAGGGUGAAAUUGACUACAGAGCUGCCGGGUUAUCUGCAAAAGAUGCUGAGAAGAUUUCCAAGAGAGCAAGAUUCACUCCUCGAGAAGAAUGGGAGAACGUUCACCUCAGCCAGGAGAAGCUGCAGGAGAUCUUCUCGUCAAGGAGAUUCCCCCCUGUCAGUAAAGAUGCUGAGGAGAAGAAGAAGCUGCAUGAGUGGAUGGCAAAGAAGCGGGUGGAGAGGUUACAGGAGUACAAAGAUAAGAGGCAGAGAUUGAAGGAAGAGGAGGUUUCACCUUUUAAACCCACUGGCGACAGUGUGGAUUUGGGUACCGGAACGUUUAAAGAGAUUAAAGAUGUGCAGGGCAAAAAGGAGACCGUACGCAAACUGAUGGAGCAUGAGCACAUGACGAAACGUAUGGAGAUGGCGCAUGAUCUCAUGGCGGAUAUCGUCCAUGACAAACCAAAGCUACCCAAAGAACCAGAGCCCAAGCCAGCAUCGGUUCCAAAGCCAGCAGUGCAACAAGAGAAGAAGCCAUCAAAGUCAAUCCUGAGGAAGGUGAAUGAUCACGGAGCUCGCGUUGGUGAUUAUCGUGCAGGUGUGGAUUACGACUCCGACUGGCUAGGAUUUAGCGGUGAUCAGUUCAGAAAUGGCGUUGCCGCAAGUCACGAAUACAGAGAUAUGGCGAGGCCUGAAGUCACACACCAGUUCGUCCAUCACUUUGACCAAGAUGAUGCCUACUCGGAGCUGGAGACAUCGCGUAACUUGGCCAACUAUACACGCCAGAUAGAACACAUGGAUGAAAUGGACGAGCACGAAAAAGAUAUGCAGGUUGAGAGAGAAACACCGUUCAAAGCCUACAAGCCCAAACCUUUCACUCAAGUUGUUAAAAUGCAGCGGCCGGAAGUGACGAGGCAGAAACAACGAGGGAAACCGGUGUCCUAUCAGGAUCAGCUAGCGUCCAUGAAUAAGACGACAACGAUCAAAACUCACACUCCGAUGGAUCUGAAAGAAAAGGAACGCCUUUAUGGAACGAAGAGAGUGCCUGGUCACUAUCCCACUUACAAGCCCUCGGCUACAAGACAUGUGAAGACUUAUGCAGAAAGAUUACAAGAGAUGAAGACCCCAUCCACCGGGUAUCCUCUCACGCCUAAGUCAGGGAAGAAAUUGCCCGCCGACUACAUGGCUCAGAUUACCCGACGCGGAAUUCACACGGACACCACACAACCAAGGAGAGUGAAAGAACAGCCUAGGCCAGAAACUAGGCCUAAAGAAUCGCACACUCCACGGAUGGUGGUGUCUCGUAUCAGGACAAAGGCGCUGGCCCACCAACCCAAGACGUAUGGAGAACAGCUGAGAGAGAUUAACGCCAAUGCGCCAAGGUUUAGGAGAUCAAAAGAUGCCUACACUCCAAGGCAAACCAAUGUAUAUCGUUCACCGCCUCUCAAGAGUAUGGUCCGACGCCGGCCGUAUCAUGACCCAUAUACCAGCAUGGAGAGGGCGGAAUUACAAUCUGUACUGAGUGACUACAGGAUGGAGGAUGAUGUCAAGAGGCUGCUCUAUGAUAACGAUGAUGACAGCCUAGCGUUGGGUGCCGAGGCUAUCAUGUCGCCUGGGGACGACCGAAGCUAUACUGACCUGCCCUACACCAGCCUGGUCGACGUGCAACAAUUAGCCGACGCUAUUUCAGUCAGCGAGGGCAGCAUCAUGAGCGUCAUUGAUUGGGAUGCUGUUGAUCAGUUAAUUGCUGAUGUGCGAUAACUCAUAAAAUGAAUAGCGAGAUUUGAGAGUUUGUCCAUAAAAACCAUGACAAAUCAUUUUAAGGAAGUUGACUCCAUCAAGGAUGAUUAGGAAUGAUUGUGUGGGGCGACCAUGUGCAGUUGACUACACGGCACCAUAGUUGUCUAUCCUCUGCGAGUCAGAUCAAGUCUCUUGUCCUUUUACCUGUCCAUUCCUUAACUUUAAGGUACACAUGAUUUAGUAAUACUUAGUUUUCAAAAGUUUUUGUAGUUUGUUGAAAAAAUAUUUAUUGUUAUUGUCAAAAUUUGUCAUGAGAACAUGGGACUUGGAGAGAUUCAUGUUAUUUCAGUGAAUUAGAAGAAUAGACUGUAAGAAUGAUUCGAUAUGUAAGAAUAGACUGUAGUUUAUUAGUAAAGACUUUUAUACGUGUAAUAGAGAAUAAUAUAUUUUUUGAUAGGCAAA